CGGUGAUUAUUCAAAUUGUGUUUAUUUUUAUUGUGUAUAUUUUAAAAAGAAUAUAAACUAAAAUAUUCUUUAUAAAAUUUCCAAGUCAGUUAGUGUUUCUACUCGUGCUUCUAUUCGUUGUCCAUUAUUUGGUGAUCCAAAAGAAAUGACUUGCAUUGUUCUACCAACAUUUAAGGAUGCGAUGUUGCAUUAUUUUUGGAUUAGAAAUGAAAUUAAAAGCAAUACACGGUCGGAUCCGUCGGUAAAAAUAAUUUCUGAAAAAUUGGCGCAAACAAUAAUUCAGAUAUGGGAGACGUCAUCUAUACCAACGGUAAGCAAAACCCGAGUUGAACAAAAAAUUCGAAGUUACCAUGAUAAAUACCAGUCAUUAAUGAAAUCUUACAAACAAAGAAAAAAUGUACCAAGCUAUAAAAGUAAAUUGGCCAAAUUUGAGGAGGAUAGUAAGCAACUGUUCGAUAUAGCUGCAUGUAAAUGUGAUUUUGCCCAUUGUAUUUGCGAUAAAAAAAAAGUGCCAUUACGAGAGCAAUCUUUCUUAUCAGAUCAAAGAAAAAACAGAAAAAUGGUCAUAGGGUCCGUUGACAUACCUCUUUCUAAAAAAAUAUUGCAAAAAAUAGCAAGAAAAACUUUAGAGGAUGCACGCUUACAUGCCGCUGUAACAGCCGACCCUGUAAUAAAAAAUCUACAAGUCUCAUCGACUGCCUUACAACCUGAGCCUGGUACUUCUUCACAACAUAAAAUUCUAGAUCACUUGGAUAAUAUAAAAUCAACAUCGUCAAAACAAAUGAGAGUAGCUUUACCAUCAUUAGCGAAAACGUCAGAUCGAUACCGUUUAUCAGACCGAGCUGCUGCUGAUAUAGCCAGUUCUGUUUUAGAAGACAUUGGUAUUAUUAAUUCAGAAAAUAUAUCACAAGCAAUUGAUAAGAAUAAACUAAGAAGAGAAAGAAGUAAAGUCAGGCAUUUACUUCAACAACAGGCUAACAGUACAUCUUUGGUUGGUCUUUACUUCGAUGGGCGUAAAGACAAGACCCUAGUGCAAGAAAAAAUAGGUAAUAGAUUUCACCAGAAGACAAUUGUAGAGGAGCAUAUUUCUUUGGUGCAAGAACCAGGAUCAUCUUACCUUUGCCACAUUACUCCUAACUCUGGCUCAGCAAGGGAUAUUGCUCAAAGUAUACUUAAUCAUUUAGAUCAAUCAAAUGUAUCAACCGAAGAGUUAGUUGCUGUGGGAUGUGACGGGACCGUUGUAAAUACAGGUCAUAAAGGAGGUAUAAUAAAAAUACUAGAGAGAAAACUUCAUAGGUCUUUGCAGUGGUUUCCUUGUUUACUACAUGCUAAUGAACCAUCACUCCGUCAUUUAUUUAGUCAACUAGAUGGGGUUACAACAGGCCCCAACACAUAUUCAGGGCCUAUUGGAAAGGGUUUGGAAAAAUGUGAACAAUUUCCAGUUGUUGCUUUUCAAGCUAUUGCAACAGAUUUUUCAGAGUUCGGGAAUAUCGACAUAGACGAUUUAAGUUCAGAUCAGAAAUAUUUACUACAAAUUUGUAAGGCAGUUAUCUCUGGUUUUUGUUCAGAAGACCUUGCACAUAAACAUCCAGGAAAAUUAUCCCACAGUAGGUGGGUAACAGCUGCCAAUAUAAUACUACGUCUCUACGUAGGUACAAAAAGCCCUUCCGCAGAACUUAAAAUCCUCGCUGAAUUCGUAGUCAAGGUGUACGCUAAGAUAUGGUUUAAAAUAAAAACCAGGUCUUGUUGUACACAACGAGCAGUCCAUCUGUGGGAAAUGAUACACUAUUCCAGGUAUCUUCCAAAAAAAAUCCGAAAUAUUAUCGAUCCUGUAAUACUGCGAAAUGCAUUUUUUGCACAUCCUGAAAGGAUUCUUCUAGCAAUGGUUGCCGAUAAUCGAAAACACAUUAAAGAACUUGGAGUUAGACGUUUGAUUAAAUCCAGAAAUGAGAGGAAUAAUAAUAUAAUUAGAGAGUUCAGAAUUCCAAAAGUAAACUUUUACUCAAAAGAUUAUAUUGACAUGAUUAAAUGGCAUUAAUGCAAAAUAACUGAGCCGCCUAUUUUACGCAGUGUUCCAGAUGAAGUUCUGCAGUCGUGUAUUUUAGGUGAGACCGAUAUUAAUAUAAUAAAGUUUCCUUGUCACACCCAAAGUGUGGAGAGAUGUGUAAAAAUUGUUACUGAGGCUGCCGCUUCAGUUUUUGGAGCUGAAAAUCGAGAUGGUUUAAUUAGAAGCAGAUUGCAUUCUAGAUCUUUAAUGCACCGGUUUGAGCACAAAGCAAAUUUUAAAGUUUCUGCAUUAAA